AUGAGACUUUCUCUUCCAUUCACGAUACUUGGUCUUGGCCUUGGUGCCGCGGCUCGACCACAUGCCUCGGGUAUGAAAAACAUUGAGAAUGUUGUUGUGCUUGUUCAAGAGAAUCGGUCGUUUGACACUCUCGUCGGUGGCCUUACUUACAACUCCGCCAUCGAUGGAUUGGUCAACAAGAAGUAUUGCAAUCCAGCCAAUGUUUCGGAGCCGAAUUCGGAAGAUGUGUGCGCGGCUGACAUCGCGAAAAACGUCGCGUCGGACGACCCUGAUCAUACCAUCACUGGUGGUAACAUGCAAGUCUUUGGCACUUAUCACCCAGGAGUAAACUCCAAGUCAGCCAUGAGCGGUUUCGUCACUGAGCAAAGUUAUAUGUAUAGCUUGCAAGACAAUAUGAUGGAAGCGGCCGAGGUGAUCAAUUACUACAAACCCGAGCUUGUCCCUGUCACGAAUGCUAUGGCAGAGAACUAUGUACUAUUCGAUCGUUGGUUUGCGGCUAUUCCUGGACCAACAGACCCCAAUCGCGCAUAUCUGACAUCUGGUACGUCUUACGGUCACGGUGACAACGGAGAGGUGUUUUACAACGCUGGAAUGCCCCAAAAAUCGAUCUUCCAGCAGCUGUCUGAGAAGAAUAUCACUUGGAUCAACUACCAGAAUACAACCGAUAUCGGGCCCUCAAGCUUCCCGCCCGAUGCGAUGUUCUAUCAAUGGACUGCCAAGUCUGGGAAAGACAAAACCAAUGUCCUUCCAAUCGACCGCUUCUAUACGGAUGCCAAGGCUGGAAAGCUGCCUCAAUUCACCUGGAUCAACCCAGAAUGCUGUGAUUACAUGUCGAUGCACCCCAAGUCUCCUAUCAACAUGGGCGAGAAUUUUAUGAAGGGUAUCUACGAGGCGUUACGAAGUUCCCCACAGUGGAAUCAAACCUUGCUCAUUAUCACCUGGGAUGAACAUGGAGGUUUCGCCGACCAUGUACCCCCGCCUACUGGUGUUCCUCCUGGGGAUAGCCUCACUUACACGGAGAAGGCAAGUGAUGGGCAGAAUUAUACUUUCCAUUUUGACCGUCUCGGCGUGCGUGUACCGACGCUGUUGAUCUCCCCUUGGGUUGAGAAGGGCUUAGUGCAGAAUAAGCCGAGCUCUGGCGAUAAUGACUUUACUCACACCUCGAUUCUCAAAUUCGUGUCUGAGCUUUGGGGGUUGGAAAGUCUUACCCCACGGGUUGGGUGGUCGCCCUCCUUCGGUAACUUGAUCACCAAUAAAUUCCGAGCCGAUACUCCAGAGACCCUACCGAACGCGGCGGGAUAUUAA